AGUCAUAAUUGUAGAAUAAGAAAAUUCACAAAUACAGUUGUAUAGAAUAAGAUGUGUACUUAUUGCUUAUCCCCAAGUUGGAACCUUAUCUUAUAUUAUAUACCACAAAAAUAUCUUUAUGAAAUAAAAAAGAGUAUUGUCAAGUUAUUUUUGCAUACUAACAAGUAAAAGUGACUGAUUAUUGUUCAUGGCAGAAUCAAGUUAUGCAACUAUGGCUAAUGAUCCAGUCGCUAUAAUUGGAUCCGAAUAUUGCACGCCGAACGAGGUUGAUGUUGUUAUAUCUAGGAAGGUGAAGACACUUAGAUAUGGAGAUUUUGUUGUUUCAGAUAUGAAUGGAAACUUCAUGUUCAAAGUUAAAGGCACAACUUUUGGAUGGCAUGAUAAGAGAGUUAUUCUUGAUGCUGCUGAUAAUCCCCUCAUCACUCUCAAACAAAAGAUAUUGACUGAGCAUUCGAGAUGGAAUGCAUUUAAAGGAGAAAGCACAGAUGAGAAAGACUUUUUAUUUACAAUAAAGACAACAUCCAUAUUUCAAUGGAAGACUAAAUUGGCUGUUUUCUUAGCAAAUAACAAUUCUAAGGAAAAGAAUUGUGAUUAUUUGAUUAAGGGAAAUUGGUCUGAUAGAUCAUGUGUAAUAUACGCAGGAGAUUCUUCUACCAUAGUUGCUCAGCCUUUGCAAGUGUUCUUGAAAAUUCUUUAUCAAGUUGCAAAAACUGCUCAAGAUGUUUAGGAAAGUGCCUUUUAUAUGGACAAGUCACUUUCCUUAAACUCUUUGCCAUUGGUUGAAGAAGUCUCACUUUCUGACGCCAUCGGGAAGUGUGCACCUACUUUCUGUACCGUCUCCAGCUGGCAGUCAACUGGCUCAUCACCAUGAGAGCCUGGUAACUCUACAAGGUCCCUGGGUUUGUUUCGUCUUCAACACUCAAGUAAGAAACCUGGUACCUUUACAAGGUCCCAUUGUUUGUUAAAUCAUCAAAACUGCAAAUAACAACAAUGUAAUUUAUGUUAGAGGGAGGAGUAAAUGGAAAGUUAGGGGGAGGAGUGAGAAGAAGAAGAAAAGUUAUAAAUGCAUGGAGCAAUAAAAUGUAUUUUUAUUUAUUAUAAAACUCUGUUGUAUAACUAUGGCAUGGUAUACUUUAUUCACCAUAAAAUAUUUCAAAGCUAGAUAUAUUUAUUAUAUAACACAA